GCGGUCACACUGAAUAAGAAGGCCAAUGAACAAAAUCGCGUAAAUAAUGUAAAAAAAACUCCCGUAAAGUCCGGAAGCAGCACCAUGUCUCUGGCGUUCGACCUGAGCAACUCCGGAGACGCUUAUCACCCACUGGACAGUGGGAGCGAAAAAGAAGUGGCGGCAGCGGUCCCACAAAGGCAAGCGCCCAGCAUGAGGGUCUCGUGGCUCAGGCAAUGUCGCCGCUAUAAGCUGCCCGCCCUUCUUCUCAUGAUGCUAUUUCUGAUGUCCUGCCUUUCGUACCGCAUCCUGAGUGCCGAGAGGGACUCUCCUCCCACGGACGUACACCGCAGCUCUCCGCUGCUGGAUGCAUAUGAGGACUUCAGCGCAAUGCGUGCUGGCGACCUAAAGAUGCGUAUCGAGGAGAUGGUGAGAAUCAAGAGCACUGUGUCAGUGGAGCUCCGAGAGCUCGAGUCACGCCGCCAGAAGCUGCAGUCUGACAUCAGCCAGUACAAUCAGAAGAUCGAGGAGCUUAAGCAGGAGCUGCUGCGAGAGCAGACCGAGUUGGAGCGACUCAAGAUGUCCGUGGAGCAGGCGCAGGUGGCGCAGCGCGAGGCAGUGCAGCGCAACACUCCUGACCUUGCUUUGCCGCGAACCCUCCUGCCAAACUCAAUUCCCCGAAAGAUGAAUACUGUGUCGACGGGCGUAGCCGCCACCUGUGCGAUGCACAACUGCUUCGACCACUCCCGUUGCAGCCUCACCUCUGGCUUCCCAGUGUACUUAUACGACCCCGACGAGCACAGCGUCCAAAGAGCUGGCUACGACAUCGAUGGGUUCCUUAAAACGACUCUCAAACAGACUCUAGGCUACAACGCGCACAUCGUGAGGGAUCCAAAGCAGGCCUGCAUCUACCUGGUGCUGGUGGGCGAGGCUCUGCUGGAGCAGGAUCUGCUACGAAAUAACCGAUACGCAGCCCAAGAAGCUGAGCAGCAGCAGCCGACGGCACCCAGCCACACACACGACUGCCCCAUUGACAUGCAGAAGCUGUACAACCUGCCCUACUGGGGCGGUGAUGGCCGCAACCAUGUGCUGCUCAACCUCGCACGCCGUGACCUCUCCUCCCGCCGCACCAAUGCACUGCUUCAGCAGAACACCAUGCGAGCCAUUGUCGUGCAGAGCGCCUUUGAGAUGAACCAGUUCCGGCUCGGCUACGAUCUGAUUGUGCCCCCCAUCCUGGGGCCACCCGGAGGAGACGUUUGGCAGGAGUGUGCCAGCAUGGUGCCCGCCCGCCGCAAGUACCUGAUUUCGUUCCAGGGAGAGAUGAGACCGAGAACAGACUCUCAAGCCACCAACCCGCUCGACGACUUCAUUCUGGAGCACUUGACGGACAUGUCCAAGGGGCCCACUCAGGAUCAGUUCGAGCUGCAGUUCCAGUGCGUGCCUGCCACGGAGCAGCAAGAGGCGGACUCCGUGUCCGACUGGACGCUCUGUGGAUCGGAUUCCUCCAGAAAGCAGCUGCUGAAGGACUCUACCUUUGCGCUGAUCCUUCCGCCGCUCAACGGGAGGGUUGCUUCCACCCUCAUGCUGGCCCGACUCUACGAGGCGCUGCGCUCUGGGGCCAUUCCCGUCAUCCUCGGAGCAGAUGAACUCCGACUGCCAUACGCGGAGACUCUGGACUGGCGUCGGGCGGCACUCCUCAUGCCCAAAGCUCGCAUCACGGAGCUGCACUUCCUACUGCGAGCCGUCCAGGACGCGGACUUGCUUCUUCUGCGGCGCCAGGGCCGUCUCAUCUGGGAGCGCUACCUCAGUUCGGUUCAGGCCACGGUGGAUACGGUUAUAGCCAGCCUACGCGAUCGCCUAGGGAUACCACCGCGGCCUGUUCCCCCAGUGGUUGCCCAAAGUGUCUUCAACAGCACAUUUAUACCUCUGAAGUCCGAUCCGCCAGUGGGACUGGACACUGAACCAGAGGAGUCUCUUGGCCCCAUUGAGCCGCCAUAUCCGAGCCCCGCCUUUCGCAGAAACUACACGAUCCUACGCAUGCAGUCCAAGGAGGCCUGGAACGACUGGGUGGAUCCCUUCUACAUGUACCCCCAGCUGCCCUUCGACCCCGCUCUUCCCUCCGAGGCAAAGUUCAUCGGAUCCCAUACAGGAUUCCGGCCAAUCGGUAAGGGCAUUGGAGGCGCCGGUAAAGAGUUCAGCGAGGCUCUCGGCGGGAACUACCCCAGGGAGCAGUUCACCAUCGUAAUUUUGACAUACGAGCGGGAGCAGGUGCUGAUGGACUCGCUGGGUCGACUUUACGGGCUACCGUAUCUGCACAAGGUGGUUGUGGUAUGGAACUCACCCAAACCGCCGCUGGACGACCUUCGUUGGCCAGACAUUGGAGUGCCAGUGGCGGUUCUGCGCGCCCCGCGGAACUCGCUCAACAACCGCUUUCUGCCCUUCGAUGUUAUCGAGACGGAGGCGGUGCUCUCGGUGGAUGACGAUGCCCACCUGAGGCACGACGAGAUCCUAUUUGGCUUCCGUGUAUGGCGGGAGCACCGCGACCGUGUCGUCGGUUUCCCCGGUCGCUACCACGCUUGGGAUGUGAGCAGCAACAACAUGUGGCACUAUAACUCCAACUACAGCUGCGAGCUGAGCAUGGUGCUCACCGGAGCGGCCUUCCUGCACAAGUACUACAUGUACCUGUACACCUAUCACCUGCCGCAGGCCAUUCGCGACAAGGUGGACGAGUACAUGAACUGCGAGGACAUCGCCAUGAACUUCCUCGUCUCGCACAUCACCCGUCGGCCGCCGGUGAAAGUUACUUCUCGAUGGACGUUCCGCUGCCCAGGAUGCCCUGUUUCGCUAAGCGAGGACGACACCCACUUCCAGGAGCGCCAUAAAUGCAUAAAUUUCUUCAGCCAGGUUUUCGGCUACACGCCACUGCUGAACACGCAGUACCGGGCGGACUCGAUCCUAUUCAAGACCCGCAUCCCGCACGACAAGCAAAAGUGCUUCAAGUACAUCUAGAUCUAGUCUGGUCGGGGCAGCCACACCCGUAUCCAUCCAGACACGAUGAACCACGACGGCGGCCGCUUCACUUACUGCCCUGUACACCGGCUCCCAGUCCGAUUCCGACUCCUAGCUCUAAGCACAAAGUUAUGUAUAUACUGCGCAGCCGACUACUGGACAACUUUGGCUCGAAGAGUAGCUACUGAUAAGCAAUGUGAGAUUAGCGAUUACCCUGUCCGCUUUUCCGCGCGAGUUCGUCUUAUAAUCUCGCCGAGCUCCUCACUUAUAGCUUUGAACGCGCGUGUGAUUGCUUCGGUCUGCCGUAUAUGCCGGAGACGCCAGAAACCGAUUGUAAGUCUUUUACUUAUGUGUGUCUACGUUUGCUUAAUUAUCCUAAGUUUCUAUGUAUGUAUGCAUGUCCCCCACUCGACUCUGUAUAUAGCGCCUAAUGAAUUCAUCUGCCAUCAAUAUCGAUAAAGGAUGAGCGACUAGAA